AUGAACGAAAUAUAUAAAUGGUUAUUAUUUAAAAGGUUAUUUCGGGGAAGAAAAAAAAUAUUGGGUGAAGAUUCUAAAAAUGGUGAACAAACAACUAUAAAAAAUAGUUUUUGUAAUAACGCUAAGAAAAAAUAUUGCUCAAGAAAGAUGGAAGUUGAAAUAUUGGGCGAACCAAGAAUAAGAAAAACAUGUUUAUCACCAAGGUCAACACCAAUUCUACUAGAAAUAAACUUUUGUUCUGAAAUAAAUAAUGAUGAAAAAAAGUUGUCCAAAUCAAUAAAAGUAGAGUGGGAAUCGACUCAAGAUGAAAUAGUUACAAAAAAAUAUUUUUAUCUAGAUAGUCAAGAAGAAAGUAACUAUGAAAAAUUGCAAAAUAAUGAGAAUGAACUAAGUGUGGCAUAUUUAGGAAGGCAAAAUAAAAGAGUAUAUUCAGAGAGAAAUGAGUUAAUGGAGAUGAAAAUAAGAGCCUGUAAUGAUGAGUUUGAUUCAACAAAAGUCAAUUUAUCAAAAAAAAGUAGGAUAGAAAUGACUAAUUCAAGACACCUAAAUUUGGGAAAAAAUACUAAUGAUAAUGAAAACUAUUAUAAUAAUGAAUAUGAGGACUUGGUAUUAGUGGAAGAGUGGUUAUUUGAAAAAUAA